CGCUUGCAACACCACCCCCGCCACUCUCCCUUCCCCUCCUACCUCUCUCCUCACAACUUUAAUUUUCUCCGAGUUUUCCCGAACUCUGGCUCCUGGUCGGGUCUAUUGGGUUCGAAGUCCUGGAGGACCGUACCCUGAUCUCUAUCUACCCCCGACUUUCAGCUGCUCUAAACCGAGGCCCGGGCUGCCACUGCCCGGGCCACCUGGUUCGAUCGGCUUACUUCAUUCACCAGCGUUGCCAAUUGCUGCUCUGUCCCCAGCCCCAAUGGGGGAGUGAGAGGCCACUGCCGGCCGGACAUGGGUCUCCCCACCGUGCCUGGCCUGCUGCUGUCACUGGUGCUCCCGGCUCUGCUGGUAGGGAUAUACCCCUCAGGGGUCACUGGACUGGUCCCUUCCCUUGGGGAGCAGGAGAAGAGUUUGUGUCCACAGGGAAAGUACGUCCACCCUCUGAAUAAUUCCAUCUGUUGUACCAAGUGCCACAAAGGAACCUACUUGGUAGAAGACUGUGUAGACCAAAGGCAGGCACCAAACUGCAGGGAUUGUGACAAAGGCACCUUUACGGCUUCCCAGAACCACGUCAAACAAUGCCUCAGCUGCAAGAUAUGUCGGAAAGAAAUGUCCCAGGUGGAGAUUUCUCCUUGCAGAGCAGACAAGGACACUGUGUGUGGCUGUAAGGAGAACCAAUUCCAGCAAUUCUUCAGUGACAAACACUUCCAAUGCAUGGACUGCAGCCCCUGCUUCAAUGGCACCGUGUCUAUUCCCUGUAAACAGAGUCAGGACACCGUGUGUAACUGCCACAAAGGAUUCUUCCGAAGUGGAAAUGAGUGUGUCUCUUGCAGUCGCUGCAAAGGAAAUCACAACUGUUUCCAGUUUUGCCUACCUCCAACCGAAAACGUCACAAACCCCCAGGACCCAGGUACUGCGGUGCUGUUGCCCCUGGUUAUCUUCCUCGGCCUUUGCCUCUUGUUCUUCAUCUUCAUCAGUUUAAUGUGCCGAUAUCCCCGGUGGAAGCCCAGUGUCUACUCCAUCAUGUGUGGGAAUUCAGCACCUGAUAAAGAGGCGGAGGUGGAAGGAAUUGUUACUAAGCCCCUAACGCCAGCCCCUGCCCCAGCCCCAGCCUUCAGCCCCACCCCUGGCUUCAGCCCCACAUUGGGCUUCUGCUCCACCCCGGGCUUCAGUCCUGUCUCCAAUACACCCAUCACCCCCGGCCUCCCCUUCGACCCUAGUAACUGGCCCAACUUCAGGGUCAUGCCACCUCUCAGGGAGGUGGUCCCAACCCAGGGAGCUGACCCUCUUCUCUACGCAUCCCUCCCCACCGCAUCCCUCCCCUCCGUGCCGGUCUCCACCCCUGUUAAGAAAUGGGAUGACUGCGCCCACCCGCAGCGACCUGACACUGCAGACCCCGCGACGCUCUAUGCGGUGGUGGACGGCGUGCCUCCCUCGCGCUGGAGGGAGUUCAUGAGGCUCCUGGGGCUGAGCGAGCACGAGAUCGAGCGGCUGGAGCUGCAGAACGGGCGCUGCCUGCGCGAGGCUCAGUACAGCAUGCUGGAAGCCUGGCGGCGGCGUACGCCUCGCCACGAGGCCACGCUCGAAGUACUGGGGCACGUGCUUUGCGACAUGGACCUGCGGGGCUGCCUGGAGAACAUCCACGAGGCGCUGGGAAACCCCGCCUCCUUCUCAUCUGCGCCCUGCCUCCCGCGGUGAGGCCACACCCCUGCCUCAAGGGAGGGACUUAAGGACAGUCCUGGCCAGCAGCUCUGCUGCCCUGUGGCCUCCUCUGGAUGAAAAGGAGGGAAGGGCAUUGCAAGGGGCAGCCUCGAGCUAGCAGCUGCUUCCUUGGUGCUACCCACUUGGUGUACAUAGCUUUUCUCAGCUAAAGGACUGCCCCAGAGCCAGUCACUUGUGCGGGGGCAGCAAUAUGUGCUAUCUGUCUGUACCCAGCAGGCUAGGGGGGCCAAAAGCCAGAACAGGUGAUUGUAGAGGAAAAGGACACUAUAUCUCAUGCCCACUUGGGAUCCACAGGACCCAAGCAAGGCUUCCUGGGUCUUUUUCACAGUAGGUAAGCAAUAUUUGUAUCAAUUAUAUCACACUAAUGGAAACUCGGCCUCCCCCUUUUGCUCCCUGCCUGGACAAACACAGCUGAACUGUCUAAGGUAGGGGCAAGCACAGAAAAAUGGGGGCUCUAGCUGGAGCCAUGGACUCUUGUAAAUACACUAAAAGUCUAAAAAUGA